CUGAUGGCAAUGGCCUAUGAUAGAAAGGAAAUUGAAUUUCUGAAGUAUGUUCUAAUGAAUCGUACUUUUUCUAUGCAAUGCGAUGUCAUCAGCACCAAAAAACUAAAAAAAUAUGUUCCAUAUUCAUUUUUUAGUAAAAUUAUCGUAAUAUUUAUAUUUACAGAAAUAAAAAGUGAUCAUUGAAUUUUAGACAUGAAUAUAGACGCUCAUCACUUGCUUCGCGCUUGGCGGCCAUGUCUGAAGCUCGGUUGUUCUUUAGCGAGUUCGUGUUGUGCUAUUCACGGUUUUAAUAAAAGGACUGUGUUUAUUGUUGGUCUCAUACAAUGAAAUUAUAACUAUGUUUAAGGACUAUGGACUUCAUUAUAAGUGAAGUGUUUCGUAAAAUUGGGCAAACUAUAGGAAAAGCUAUUGCAGGAGUAACUCCAACAUCGUAUUUUUAGUUCAUCCGCCAUAUUGGCAUUAAUAUACCUUCAACCUGGCUCACAACAUAGUUGAUAAGGGACUACCAAUCUAAAUCUGAUCCUUACCUGUCAGGUGAAAGUUCUGUUAAAUGUAUAAAAUAAGAAACAGUUAGGUGCAAAAGCACCACUUAUUAUUAUGAUAGAAAGGUUUAAUGUUAAGAGAGGGUAUAGCUGAUGCCUCUUAGCCAGAAAUUGGAUGAGCCUCUUGUUACAAUUGAGGUAGAUUGCUGACUCCAGCACAAUGCAGCAGGCAGUUGAUCCACUCGCCACGACUAGCACCCCAGCGGCUGAACCCAUUAAUGGGACGCCUUCGGAGGAGCCUCCGCGUCGACAAGGGCGGAUCACCAAUCAGCUACAGUUCCUUCAAAAAAAUGUCAUCAAGGCUGUGUGGAAGCAUAAAUUUGCAUGGCCUUUUCAUCAACCUGUAGAUGCUAAAAAGUUAAAUCUUCCUGAUUACCAUAAAAUAAUAAAAAAGCCUAUGGAUUUAGGAACUAUCAAAAAGAGGUUGGAAUCUAAUUAUUACUACUCUGCUCAGGAAUGUAUUCAAGAUUUUAACACAAUGUUCACAAAUUGCUAUGUUUAUAAUAAGCCUGGUGAAGAUGUAGUUGUAAUGGCGCAAACUUUAGAAAAAUUGUUCCUAAAUCGGAUAGCGCAAAUGGAUAAAGAGGAGAAGGAAAUAGAGGUGCCAUCAAACAGUGGUAAGGGUACUGUAAAGAAGAGGUCUGGUGGUUCUACUGGUGGCGUGACCGCCAGUAGUGUGUCAACACCGACAGUCGGAGCGCGAAGUACGCCGGUUAAGGCGAUCCCCUCAACGCCGCUCCCAGCUUUUGUCGGUUCGACCAACACUACUACGACACCAACGCUUACAGCGCCUGCAACCCCCCCUGCUACACAUGUUGGACUCCCUCAACAGGUGGCCACUCAACCGUCAAACUUCCAUGUGACCCAAGCUGCACCACCUCCGGUGUCAACUAUGCCAGCAGUUGCACUGUCACAAACUCAACCAGCAAAGGUUAAAAAAGGUGUGAAAAGAAAAGCUGACACUACAACACCUAUGGGAAGUUCCUUUGAAGGAGGGUACACAACACCAACAAUUGACCAGCAGGGUGGGCCAAAACCAGCUAAAAUAUCAACAAGACGAGAAAGUGGAAGACAAAAAAAGACGGGUAGAGUUGGUGAAGAUGGAUUUAAAAUGGGAGGUUUAUCACCAGGAGUGGGUGGUGCAAGUGCAUCCCAUCAUACUGGUUUGACUCCUCAGCUGGCAAAGAGCAAAGAAAAAUUAUCAGAUGCCUUAAAGAGUUGUAAUGAAAUUUUAAAAGAACUAUUUUCCAAGAAGCAUUCUGGUUACGCUUGGCCGUUUUAUAAACCUGUAGAUGCAGUGUUACUGGGUCUUCAUGAUUACUUUGACAUUAUUAAAAAGCCUAUGGAUUUGGGCACAGUUAAGAAUAAAAUGGAUAAUAGGGCAUACAAAACAGCAGCAGAAUUUGCAGCAGAUGUUCGUUUAAUAUUUACAAAUUGUUAUAAAUAUAACCCCCCUGAUCAUGAUGUUGUAGCAAUGGCCCGAAAGUUACAAGAUGUAUUUGAAAUGAGGUAUGCAAAGAUCCCUGAUGAACCAAUACAUGCAGGGGUACCUCACUUGGACAAGGGUAGCUCUGCAUCCAGUUCCGAAUCAGGCUCUGAAUCAGAUUCUGAAUCUGACGAUUCGGAAGAAGAAAGAAAUAAUAAAGUGAAAUUACUUGAAAAAGAAUUACUUGCUCUUCAAGAAAAAAUGAGAAAGUUGGUUGAAGAAUCAAAUAAUAAGAAGAAAGCAAAAAAGAAAAUCAAAGAAAAGCAGAAGAAGCAAAUUACUAAUAGUGCUGUGCCUAAGACAAAUGCUGUGCCUGCUUAUGCAAAAGUUAAUAACAUUGGAGAUAAUUUAGGUAAGUUGUCAUAUUCACUUCGUUUAAAAUUUUUGUGCAUAAAAAAUAAUUUUACGUUGAUUAAGAUCUGUAGUAAAAAAAUAAAAACAAUGAAUUUUUUUUGACCAUAUCUUUUAAAU